AUGCGAGUGUUGCAGAGCGGUGGCCUGUGGCGCCGUUUGUCGCGCACCUGCAAGUACGGAUGGGGGCAGCUGCCGCCGGAGGUCUGCAACCACAGCCUGUGCAUGUCCAGUCUGCUGCUGGUGCUGCUGCUGGUGCUGCUCCUGCUCCUGCUGCUGCUCCUGCUGCUGCUGCUGCUGCUGCUGCUGCUGCUGCUGCUGCUGCUGCUGCAGCUGCUGCUGCUGCUGGCCCUGGGUAAAGAGUCCUACGCCUGGCUGGUAGCCUGGCUGGUAGCCUGGCUGGUAGCCGGGCAGGCCGCCGCCACUGGCCGCAAGGGGGGUGUACAGCUGCAGCUGUGGGGCUGCCGCUCCCAGGUUGAGCGCCGGCCAUCCCAGGGACGCCUGCGCCUGCCCCAGCUGCUGUCCAAGCCCGCUGUCCGUUGA